AGUAACGCCGCACGCAAACGCAGCCGCAGCACCAGCAACAACAACGGCAGCAAGAGAAGCGCCGGCAGCGGCGCCGCUGGUCGCAAGUUAACCAAGAGCAUGUCCGCCGGCGCUCAAUUGCAGAUGGCCCCACAGACCACAUCGACCCUAAGUCAUCAUCAUCCGAGCAGUCAAGCAGCACAGCAACAGCAGCAACAACAGCAGCAACAGCAGCCGCAGCCACAGCAGCAACAUUUUGCCAAUCAUCACAGUACGCAGGCGCAACAGCAACAGCAACUGUUGCCACAGCAGCUAACGCAGCAGCAGCACUUGCAGACGCACACGUUGCAUCUGCAGCAAGCGGCGGCGGCCGCAGCGGCAGCAGCAGCGGCAGCGUUAGCACAACAGCAACAGCAACAACAGCAGCAGCAGCAGCAACAGUCGCUGCAUCACAGUGCACUGCCGCCACAGCAUCCACAGCAGCUGCAACAUUUGCAUCCACAGCAUCCACACGCAGCGCUGCACCAGCAGCAGCAGCAACAACAGCCGCACGGCGCUGCUGGCGGACACAGCAGCAAUCCGGACUCGAAUAUGAGCACUGGUUCCUCGCACAGCGAAAAGGAUGUCAACGAUAUGCUAGGACUCGGCAGCCUCCAGCAGCAGCAGCAGCAGCUGAAUCCCGGAUUGCACUCGAACAACGGCGCCUCCAUGCUCGACAUGCUCAAUGUCCAGCAACAGCAGCAGCAGCAGCAGCAACAACAGCAGCAGCAGCAACUGAAUAGCACAGGGCCGGGCAGUGGACCCGGACCCGGACCUGGCCCCGGACCAGGACCAGGACCCGCCACCAAUGCCAGCGGGAAGCAGCCGCGCACGCCCGCAGAACGCAAACGGAAACGCAAAAUGCCCAACAAUGCGGACGAUACGGGCAACGGAGGAGGCGGCAGCAGCAGCGGCGGAAUUGUCAGCGGGUUGAAGGUGGGCAAGUCGCUGGCAUUCCGGGACAGCGCCAUGUCGAAGGCGGGCGGCGGCAGCCUUGCGCUGAGUCUGGGCGCCGAUCGCUGCGCCCUGCCCAGCGGCGGUGGUGGCAGCGGCGGGGGAUCGGGUAGUGUUAGUGGCUCCGGGGCGGGCGCUGGGGGCAAGAGCGCGCGCCUCCUGCUGCCGGGCGCAAGCGACAACAAGAAGAUCAACGAUUACUUCAACAAGCAGCAGCAGCAGUCCGGCGGCAACUCGAGUCUGCGGCCGCACACGGGCAGCAAAUCGCCGUCGUCGGCCACGCAGCAGCAGCAGCAGGUGCAGCAAGUGCAGCAGGUGCAGCAGCAGCAGGUGAACAGCCAGGUGCAGACGUCGAGCGCGUACUCCAUACACGGCUAUCAUUCAACUAGUCCACAGACGCAGUCCCAGCCCGGCCAGCAGCAGGUGCAGCAGGCGGGCGCCGACUUUCAUUUCGUUAGCUCGGCGCAGCGCCAGCAGCAGCAGCAGCAGCAACAACAACAGACUUCCAAUGCAAUGGUUCCUCAGCAGACGCAAAUGGGUGUGCCCAUGUCGCAUGUGGGCGUGGCGCACGGCGUACUCAAUGCCGCCGGUCUGGGCCUAGGCGUGGGCUCACAGGCGGCGCAGCAGCAGCAGCAGCAACAGCAACAACAGCAGCAGCAGCAACAGUUGCCCGUCACAACAUCGGCGGCCAGUGUGGCCGUGGUGCCCACGCAUCAGCAGCUGAGCACGCUCAGCACGCUGGGCACGCUCAAUGUGGGCGUUGGUGUCAAUGUGGGCGUGGUCGGCGGAUUACCACCGCCACCGCCACCGAUGCCGCUGUCAAUGCCAGCGGCCAUCAUGACGUACACGAAGAGCACCCAGACGGAGGUGUCGCAGCUGGAGCUGCAGGAGCGGGAGGCGGAGCACGAGUCGGGCAAGGUGAAGCUGGACGAGAUGACGCGGCUGUCGGACGAACAGAAGUGCCAGAUCAUGAGCCACCAGAAGUCGAUCGAGCAGCACAAGUCGCACAUCGCCAAGUGCAUCGAUGUGGUGAAGAAGCUGCUCAAGGAGAAGAGCAGCAUCGAGAAGAAGGAGGCGCGCCAGAAGUGCAUGCAGAAUCGCCUACGAUUGGGUCAGUUUGUGACGCAGCGCGUCGGCGCCACAUUCCAGGAGAACUGGACGGACGGCUAUGCGUUCCAGGAGCUCAGCCGGCGGCAGGAGGAGAUAACGGCCGAGCGCGAGGAGAUCGAUCGCCAGAAGAAGCAGCUGAUGAAGAAGCGCCCGGCCGAGUCUGGACGCAAGCGCAACAACAACAGCAACCAGCAGAACAACCAGCAUCAGCACCAGCACCAACACCAGCACCAGCAGCAGCAACAGCAGCAGAACUCCAACUCCAAUGACUCCUCCCAGCUGACGGAUCGGCUGGGCGGCAACGCCGGCGCCGGCAGCCUGGACAGCGGCAUCGCUGUCGGCAACGCGGCCGUCAACACGACUGGCGCCGGCGGCGUUGGCGCUGGCAGCGGCGCCGUUGUGGUCGUCUCCUGCGGCCGUGGUCUCUCCCGCUCCAAUUCGACGCAGGCGCAGCAGGCGCAACUGCUCCACAAUGGAGGCGGCGGCGCUGGCGGUGGCGUUGGCGGAGCUGGCGGUGCAGGCGGAUCCGGCGGCAAUGUCGGCAGCGGUGGUGGCGGCGGCGGCGGCGUCAGCGAUCGGUUAUCGGAUCGUGGCGGCGGCGGUGCCGGCGGUGCUGGCAGCGGAACUGGCGCAGGAGGCGGCGGCGGCGGUGGCGGCAUUGGCGGCAACGACAGCGGCAGCUGCUCCGACUCGGGCACGUUCCUCAAGCCGGAUCCGGUGUCGGGCGCGUACACGGCGCAGGAGUAUUACGAAUACGACGAGAUACUCAAGCUGCGACAGAACGCCCUCAAGAAGGAGGACGCCGACCUGCAGCUGGAGAUGGAGAAGCUCGAGCGCGAACGCAAUCUCCACAUACGCGAGCUCAAGCGCAUACUCAACGAAGAUCAGUCCCGCUUUAACAAUCAUCCCGUGCUGAACGAUCGCUAUCUGCUGCUGAUGCUGUUGGGCAAGGGCGGCUUCUCCGAGGUGCACAAGGCCUUUGACCUCAAGGAGCAACGCUAUGUCGCAUGUAAGGUGCACCAAUUAAACAAGGAUUGGAAGGAGGAUAAGAAAGCUAAUUAUAUCAAACACGCAUUGCGGGAGUACAACAUACACAAGGCGCUGGAUCAUCCGCGCGUGGUGAAGCUCUAUGAUGUCUUCGAGAUCGAUGCGAAUUCCUUUUGCACCGUGCUGGAGUAUUGUGAUGGACACGAUCUCGACUUUUAUCUGAAGCAGCAUAAGACUAUACCCGAGCGUGAGGCGCGCUCGAUCAUAAUGCAGGUUGUAUCUGCACUCAAGUAUCUAAAUGAGAUUAAACCGCCUGUCAUCCAUUACGAUCUGAAGCCGGGCAACAUUCUGUUGACCGAGGGCAAUGUCUGUGGCGAGAUCAAAAUCACCGACUUCGGUCUGUCCAAGGUGAUGGACGACGAGAACUACAAUCCGGAUCAUGGCAUGGAUCUGACAUCGCAGGGCGCGGGCACCUAUUGGUAUCUGCCGCCGGAAUGCUUUGUGGUUGGCAAGAAUCCACCGAAAAUCUCAUCGAAAGUGGACGUUUGGAGUGUGGGCGUGAUAUUCUAUCAGUGCUUAUAUGGAAAGAAGCCGUUCGGCCACAAUCAAUCGCAGGCCACAAUUCUCGAGGAGAAUACCAUACUGAAGGCCACCGAAGUGCAGUUCUCCAACAAGCCCACAGUGUCCAACGAGGCAAAGAGUUUCAUUCGGGGCUGUUUGGCCUAUCGCAAGGAGGAUCGCAUGGAUGUGUUUGCACUGGCCAGGCACGAGUAUAUACAGCCGCCCAUACCGAAGCACGGUCGGGGCUCGCUGAAUCAGCAGCAGGCGCAACAGCAGCAGCAACAACAGCAGCAGCAACAGCAACAACAGUCGUCCACGUCGCAGGCCAAUUCGGCGGGGCAAACCUCGUUCUCAGCCCACAUGUUUGGCAAUAUGAAUCAGUCCAGCUCGUCCUAGCUGCCAACUAAACGCAAUUCCAAUUCAUAAUUCGCCGCCGCAGCAGCAGCUGCUAGCCACCAGCAACAUCAACAGCAACAGCAACAACAACAACAGCAGCAACA